CAGCAUCUCUAGGCUGCCACAGGUCAUGGCAAUGAGAGUCGGAAGGCGUGAAUAAUUCAUUCCUGAAGGUCGUUUCGUGCCCAACAGCCAUAAAGACGAAGCAGCAUGUACUCAACUUAUCUUUCUGUCGUUGCCCAUUUCCCACCCGUACAGAUCUCGGUUUUCUGGUCAUUUGUUUGGCCUAUUUCCCGCAAAACAAAGGACCAGCACAAACAACCUGUCUCUCCAUUGAUCCUUGCUACACUUGCGACAUUUGGCAUUCCACAAAUCAAAAAAAGGAUUUCAGUUUGACACUCUCGUUUGAAUAACUCACAUGACCCAACUGGUAAUAUUAUCAUGAGUCAGCAGAAGAGGAAGACUCGUGAUGCUGGUGCCGAGGACGAGGAGUUGCGCCAGUACGCUCCUCAUGGUGGCAACCUCGAUGAAAUCGAUGAGCUCUACCCAAUGAGACCUAGGAACCAUGGUCGAACGUUACUAUUUUCUGAGCUAUUCCAAAACCUAUUCAAUCCAUUGAAUGAAAACACGAAGCGGCCAUCGGGACCUCAAGCUCGUCGAGGCAGAGGUAACCGUGGCGCAGGUCAGCCGACCCCACACGAGCAACGCAGGCACAUCAUCGAGAGGUUCAUCUCAAGGUGGCGCAAUGAGGUUGGCGAUGACUUCUACCCAGCAUUGCGUCUCAUUCUUCCAAACCAGGAUCGUGACAGAGGCACAUAUGGCCUCAAAGAGAACUCUAUUGGUAAACUGCUUGUCCGCGUCAUGAAAAUCGAUAAGAACUCAGAAGAUGGCUACGCGCUUCUUCAUUGGAAGCUGCCCGGUCAGUCCAAAGCAAGCAGGUUAGCUGGCGACUUUGCAGGCCGCUGUUACGAAGUGAUUGCAAAACGUCCCAUGCGGACGAAGCCUGGCGAUAUGCGGGUCGCAGAUGUCAACGAACUGCUGGAUAAGCUGUCUGCCGCAUCUGGAGAAGCAGAGCAAUUGCCCAUUUUCGAAAUGUUUUAUGACCGUAUGAAUCCCGACGAGCUAAUGUGGCUCAUUCGAAUCAUUCUAAAGCAAAUGAAGGUGGGGGCUACAGAGAGGACAUUUCUGGGCUUAUGGCAUCCUAAUGCCGAAGCACUAUUCAAUGUCUCCUCCAGCCUGCGUCGCGUCUGUUGGGAGCUGCACGACCCUACUGUGCUACUGAAUGAUGAUGAUGCUAGUAUAGCGCUCAUGCAAAUAUUCCAACCUCAGCUAGCUCAAUUUCAGCUGUCUGGAACUUUCAAGAGAAUGAUAGAGAAGCUCACAGGAGACAACAGUAACAACGAAAACAUUGAAGCCAGCGAAUAUUGGAUUGAGGAAAAGUUGGACGGCGAGCGUAUGCAGAUGCACAUGGAAGAGGACCCCGAUAAGCCCGGCGGAUAUAGGUUCGGCUGGUGGUCGCGAAAAGCCAAAGACUACUCUUAUCUAUACGGAACUGGCUAUAGGGACCAUGAAUCAGGACUUACACAGCAUCUCAAAAACGCCUUCGCCCCUGGCGUCAGAAACAUCGUCUUGGACGGUGAGAUGAUCACAUGGGACAUGCAGCUUGACAAGAUCAUGGCCUUUGGAACACUCAAAAGCGCGGUGAUUGCUGGAAAGCGAAACCCUUACGAUGAGGUUGGGGCGCGUGCCAUAUAUCGUGUUUUUGACAUUGUGUACUUGAAUGAUCAGGACUUGACUCGAUACACAUUGCGAGAUCGUCGUAACGCAUUGGAAAAAGCAGUCCCUGGCGUUCAUCGUCGACUUGAACUCCACAGACACACGGUGGCGACCUCUCCAGACGAGAUCGAGCCUCAACUCCGGGAUGUGAUUGAGAGCGCCUCCGAGGGCCUAGUCUUGAAGAACCCACGAUCCGUCUACAGCCUCAACCAGCGAAAUGACGACUGGAUCAAAGUGAAACCUGAGUAUACAGACGAGUUCGGCUCUUCAGUGGACGUUGUCGUCAUCGGCGCAUAUUACGGAACUGGACAUCGUGGCGGCGGUCACUCCUCUUUCUUGUGUGGGCUGCGUGUGGCGCAAGACGAUAUCGACCACGGUGCUGAUCCAGAGAAGUGUUUUAGCUUCAUCCGAGUCGGUGGUGGCCUCAGAGCCCAGGAUUACAGAGAGAUUGCUGCGAGAACAGAGGGGAAAUGGAUGGACUGGAACGCAAAAAGACCUCCAGUCAAAUAUAUCGAACUGGCCGGCGGGGAUAGACAGUACUGGAAACCAGAUCAGUGGAUCCGCCCCAAAGACUCUUUAGUGAUUGAGGUCAAAGCAGCAAGUUCUGGCCCAUCGGAACAAUACGCGAAGCAGGUCACGUUGAGAUUCCCCAGAUUCAAGUCCAUUCGAGAUAAUCGAGAAUGGAACACUGGUCUCGAUUGGCAGACAUUCAAUGAGAUGAAGGAGCAGGAUCUUUUCAGACAGAAGGAAAAGACACUGACCCUCGAUCGUGGCCGGCGCCAGGUAAAACGCAUCAAAAGGGAGCUCUCAAUUGCUGGUCAAGAACCUGUUCCAGCUAUCUUUGCCGGUCCCAGCACCAGUGUCUUCGAAGGUCUCGAGUUUUGUGUUUUCAGCGACUCCUCCCAGCCCAAGAAGAGUAAAACCCAGCUGGAGACCUUGAUCAAGGCGAACGGCGGCAAAAUCUCGCAAAGGGCGAUCCCGGGAUCAGAGAUGAUACUUAUCGGAGAGAAAAAGGUUGUCAAAGUUGCGAGUCUGAUCAAAGCUGGUCCAGUUGAUAUUAUCAGGCCGAAGUGGCUCUUGGACUGCGUGGCCCAGAGCGAUGCCAGCAACAACUUCCUGUUACCUUUCGAACCGAGACAUUUAUUCCAUGUUUCGGAUGCUAUGAAUGAACAGGCCCAGGGGAACGUGGAUCGAUUUGGCGAUAGCUACGCUCGAGAUCUUGGUCUCACAGACCUCAGAAACCUGCUGCAAGAUAUUCCCAAGGAUGAGGUGGUGAAUGAAGCCUUCGACGGCGAUGAUUUCAUGGAGCAGCUCGAAGAGCAUGGGCACGAUAUUGGUAACUUAAAGGGGCACAUUUUCAAACGUGUGAAAGCAUACUUCGCUACAACCGACAAUAUCUCAGACAUCACAGCACUCAAGUGUAAAAACUGGCUAAGAUUUGGAUCCGGGAAACUGAUUGACGACCCGGAAAGCAGCCUGAUAACUCAUAUUGUGAUGAUAACUGGUGACGAAGAGACAGCGGCACGAGAGUUUGCUGGUGCAUUGCGAAGGACUAUCAGUGGAAGAGCACCAAUGCCCCGCUUAGUCACACAACAGUGGCUGGAAGAGUCUUGGGAGGAGGGAACACGGUUGGAUGAGGAAAGAUACGCGCCAAGGUAAGCGUGACGUCAGGCAUGAGUUCGAAUUGCAGAGAUGUAUGCGCGAGUGGAACACAUGGAU